UGUUAGUCAAAAUCUCUGGUCAUUAAAUCUUUUCUCUCUCUCUCUUCUUUUGCUUACUCUUGUUUUUUCCCCUUCUCUUUUCCCUUACUUCUUUCCUUGUUUCCUUCGCCUACUUCCAUUCGAUAUCGAUAUAGCGCAUGGAGCAUUCCUGCUUUUGGGCGCUUUUGUCGCAUGGAGACUUGAAUUUUGUAUAUCUCCCGCUGUCUAUGGCUGCUCGCGAUCAAUUCUUCGGGAAAACCUUCUUUGAUUUCGUCCAUCCUGAAGAAGCUGUGUUUGCACGUCAAGACUUGUCUAAUUUCAUGCACGCACAUACGCUUGGUGGUUCAGUUACUCGAUGUCGACUUAAAAACGUCAACGAUAUGCAGCCACCCAACGCAAAAAGCAAAAUUUUCAGCAUUGGCGAUGUAAGAAUGAUGUUUUUAUUUUUUUUAGUCUUCUUUGCCCUCAAUUAUUUGCCGCAAGGUUAGGCGUCAUCCCUAAUAACUGACCCUUAUGUGGUUAUGAUUUUAGGCAUGGCUCAUUGUCGAUGUAAUUAUGUACGUUGUGACGGAAACGCUGAUAUUAGCCUUCUUUCAUUGCGAUACUGGUAUGAUAAGAU